AUGGAUACAAAGGCUUCCCGUGUGGCUCCUGCCCUGCUCCUCCUUGCCCUGCUGGCUGGUUGUUGGCUGCCUGCAGCAGGGAAACGACUGCGUCUAGGAAACUGUGCCAUCACUGUCCACGUUCACGAACUGCGGCACAACUUCAAUGAGAUGCGACAGAAUGUGGUCAAGCAGGAUCAGCAGAUUGGGGUGCGGUUUCUGACGAAACAGACCAUGAAGGACAUCCAGCUGUCAGAGAGCUGCUGCUUCCUCAAGCACCUGCUGCGUUUCUAUGUGGAGAGGGUCUUCAGCAGCUACACCACCACUGCAUCGCAGCAUAGGAAGAGCACCAGUAACCUGGCUAAUUCCUUCCUCAGCAUUAAGAGAGACCUUCGCCAAUGUCAUGAUCAAAUGCUCUGUGAAUGCCAUGAGGAGACCAGGGUGAAACUGGAGUCCAUACGAGCCACCUUUGACAAGUUGGAAACCAAGGAUGCUGUGGUGAAGGCUGUAAGUGAGCUGGACUUUCUAUUGGACUGGAUGGAGAGCUUUGCACUGUGA